AAAGAAAAAAUGGAAGAUAUUUAUUCAAAAAUAACUGAUCCAGAUGAAUAUGGUAUUGAUACAAAUGAAGAAAGUGAAAUACAAAAAUUUUAUGCAAACGAAACAAUAUUUCUUACUGGAUGUACAGGAUUUAUUGGUAAAUGUGUUGUGGAAAAAUUAUUACGAAGUUGUCCUGAUUUAAAAAAAUUAUAUAUUAUGAUAAGAUCAAAGAAAUCAUCACCAAAUGAAAGAAUUAAAAAAUACUUUGAUGAUAUAUUAUUUCAAAAAUUACGUCAAUUAAAUCCAAAUUUCGAAUCGAAAAUAGUUGUCAUUGAAGGAAAUUUGGAAAAUGAAAAUAUUUUAUUAUCAAAUGAUGAUAAAGAUAAAAUAAUAAAUGAAUCAACAAUAAUUAUUCACAAUGCAUCAAAUGUUAAAUUUGAAGCAAAGCUAUCUGAAUCACUAAUGUGUAAUGUAAUUGGUACAAAAAAAAUGUUAGAUUUAGCUAAACAAUGUAAAAAAUUAAAAGUAUUUGUAUAUGUAUCAACAGCAUAUUCACACUGUUAUGAAAAAAAAAUAUUUGAAAAAUCAUACUCACCACCAGGUGAUUUAAAAAUAAUUCAAGAUUACAUUGAUGUAGAUCGUAAUACAAAAAAUGGUAUGUCAAAUGAAGCUAAAAAAAUUGCAUUAUCACCAUGGCCAAACGUAUAUAUAUAUAGUAAAGCCAUGGCUGAAUAUUUAGUUGAACAAUGCGCCAAACAAGUGUCUUUUCGUUGUACAAUAUAUCGUCCAUCUAUUGUAAUAUCAACUUAUCAAGAGCCAAUUAAAUCAUGGGUUGACAAUAUCAAUGGACCAGUAUUAGCAUUCGCAGCAAUUGGUCUUGGUAUUGCUCAUAUUGGUUAUAAUUUAAAAAAUACAUUUGAUAUGGUACCAGCUGAUAUGUGCACAAAUGGACUACUUGCAACAACCUGGGAUUCUGUUGAAAAUAGAAAAGAAUGUGGAAGUGUAUUGAUAUAUAAUUAUGGAAGUUCAGUUGUAAAUCCUAUUGAUAUGAUGUCAUUUGAAACAUUAGUUACUCCACGAGGAAGAGAAACACCAUCAAAUAAAAUGGUUGGACCACAUUUUACACAUGCAACACAUUCAGUGCUUAUUUUUAUAUUAGGACAUAUUUUUUGUCAUUUUAUACCUGCUGUAAUUGCUGAUAUUGCAUUGUUAAUUACUGGAAAAAAAACAAGAGCAGUAAGUAUAUUUCUAAAAACAUUGGUUUGGUUAACAACAAUAUUUCGAUUUGCAAAUGGAAAUUGGCGUAUUUAUGUUAAUGAAACACAAAAAGUUUGGGACAAAAUGAAUAAACGAGACAAUGAAUUAUUUUAUAAUGACCUUCGAACUUUAAAAUGGGAUUUAUAUGCUUAUUCUUACUGGACUGGAUUACGUGUAUAUAUCAUCAAAGAUUCCAUGGAUACACUUGAUAAAGCUCUCAAACGUUAUCAUAUUAUUCAAAAAGUUUUUAAAAUUUUUUGUGGUGUAUUAAUUUUAGGAUUUUUGUACUAUUUUGAUAGAUAUUUUUUAAUGUUAUUUAAUGUUUUUUAUGAUGCUGCUGGAAUCCUCUGUCAACACUGUCAAAAAAAUUAAUAUAUUAUUAAAAUAAAUAAUAUUUUUUACAA